AACUACAUCAUAUAUGGACUCCAGAGGAAAGGUCAUGGAAGAGAAGGAAGGCGGAGAGGUUCGAUACCGGGGCGUGCGGAAGCGGCCGUGGGGCAAGUAUGCCGCGGAGAUUCGCGACUCGAACAGGCAUGGCGCCCGGGUUUGGCUUGGGACUUUUAACACGGCUGAAGAGGCAGCUAGAGCUUAUGAUCGAGCUGCUUAUGCCAUGAGGGGUGGCUUGGCUAUUUUGAAUUUUCCUACUGAGUACCCAGCAAGUGGUGGCUCUUCCUCUUCAUCGUCUUCGGCUAAUUUUUCAUCUUCAGUGGCUGGGACUAUCCAGGAGAGAGGUCGUGGGGAGCAUGGAAAUGAAGUUCUUGAGUUAGAGUACUUGGAUGAUAAGUUGCUAGAGGAACUGCUUGAUUGUGAUCACCAAAAGAAGAACAAAAAAUAGUGAGGUUGGUAUCCCUUUUUGGCGUAAUAAGCAGCUAUCCACCGUCUAUUUCUGCAAGGCACAUCGCAAGGCCAAUGAUGCUCUUAUCUUUUUCUUGUUGAUAUGUAACUAGAUUCUGAUCAUCACCUUUUGCAUGCGUUUGUUUUUUCAAUGAAGAAUCUGGCAAAAGUGUUGUGUGUUGUUAAGCUUUUUAA